AUGGACGAUCCAAUGCCCUCGCCGCUCAAUGCAAGAAUGAUCACGUUGAUGCGAAGUCAAAGCACAAGCUCCACUGCAUACUAUCCACAGAUCCCGCGUCGACAAUCUUCACUGUCGGCGAGCCUGAGCGAUGGCACCAGUGGCCAAGCAGUCUCAACAAGAACCCCAUCACUCUCCGAAAGUCUUUAUCAAAUCCGAGUUGUCAAAAUCCGGGAACAGAACGCGCGCGCCCUCUCGAAUGGUUACGAUCCGGACGACCCCUUCGUUGACAAGAACCCGCAACUCCUUACCGAUGAACAACAGGCUAAACAUCCCAUGAAUCGGUAUCGAGCACUUCCGCGAUUGACAAUUCGCUGGAGUUCUGGAUCUUGGGACUCUUCCGGACAAUCUGUACCAUCCAACCCAGCAAGCGGGUCAUUGCAAUCGAGAGCCCCCACACCUCAAAUCGAAAACCUUGAACUGAACCAGUUUUCUCAAGUCAAAUCAGCAUACAUAUCCUCAAUGGACUUGCCCGUCGCGUUUGUUGAUGUGAAGUCGACGACUAGCAGCCCGCAAAUCGGCCUAGGGGCCAUGUCUCUAUGGACUACCGUACAUGUCUCUGCCGAUGUCACCUCGGUUCCUUUUCCGGGAACAUCAGGUCUUGCUCCCCUCGAUGCAAUCGUUGUUCUUGAUAGAUUGUCUCAGCCGUCUGUCAACUUGCUGGCACAGAUAACCUUGGGCCCCUCUGUGUUGGCAUCCAAUUUGAUGCAUAAUCAUGACCGGAUUGCUAUAGUCUGUGUAAACGGAAUGAGGAAGCACGGGUUCGAAAUCUUGCUACCUCUGGGCUUCCAUUCCCUUGACACUGUUCGAUCUGCUCUUAACAGAUUCUCCCAACGCCAACAUCCCAUGAAACAUGGCGCACCUCUGAACCUCGGAAACGCCAUCCAGCAAGUUGCCAACAUGUUUUGUACUUCCACACGACCCGCCUUCUGUCAUUUGUUCUUUGUCUCUGCUACCCCACCCGAUCAUCUCUUGAUACCGUGGAUUGACCAGGCCAUUGGAUUCCAUACCAUCACUCCCAAAACCUGUCUACCAGUGACUCGACCAAACUUCCAGGCUGGCUGGCAUAUUUCUUACGAUGUUGCGACCGGUGACCUGUGCCCUCAUGGAGCACAUUUUAUACGCAAAGUUUCCAAGGUCAUCCGGCACCUUCGUACCGGCAUACGUCCAGGGUCCAUAUCUGACCUCAAACUUUCUCUGUCACCUGGCCAUGGAUGUCUCAUCCAGACAGUUAUAGAUAGUACUCGGCUAACUUCCAUUCGUCCUGGUGAAACAUGGGUUGUUCCGGUUCGGAUCCAUAUACCAAACGCCUUUCCUCCAGCCUCUCUUCCGUCUGAAUCGCCCGUUCAAUCUCCUAUCCUCGGAGACCUGUUUGCUCAGAUCAAUGAGCUUUUGGAAGAAUUCACCGGUGAAAUCACUCAGCCGAUCUUGACCGCUUCGGUCGAUUAUCGUCAUUCGUUACUCCCAACACCGAAUCUAAUUCACGCCGAGACACAACUGACCGUUGUCCGGAUGGAAGAUAGCCGUCAAUUUGGCAAACCGAAUGUUGUGGUAAUUGAACAAGGCGAGGAGCUGGUUAUGUUCUGA